CGGGACGGCCAUAAGCUAUCGUUUUAUGUUAAAAGUCACAGCAAUUCAAAAAGAAAAAAAAAAUAUAUAUUUCAAAACACAAGCAUGUGUUCAAUAUUCAUGUGAGAAUUAUUUGAAAAUUUGUUUCUUAAAAAAUGCAAAAUAAAAUCACAUAGCGACCGUGCAAUUAUAUUGUUAUCACGAUAAAUGAUAUCCUUGACAACAAAAGCGAGCGGGGCCGCGGAUUUAAACUCGUACAAAAGGAAUUCACACAGCUACUGGCAGGGUAGAGUAGUUUUUUUUUACAUUCACAAAUAUAUAAAUUAUAGCGAUAGUUGUAACUGAACAAGAAAAAGUUGAAUCAUAAUUUGAGAUGAGUGCAUAAUAGCUGACAAAUAUUUCUGAAGCAUUGCACAGAACAAUGGAAUAUAUAAAAGGAACGAUCAUAUCUGUGUUUUCUUAAGUGAAGUAUCUGCGUUUUAACCGUCCAUUUUGCAAUUACAUUCGAUGAGUGUUGGACAAAACAUUACCAUCUUCUGCUCUACUCCUGUGCUGUUAUUCACUAUAACAAGAAGCAUAUAUAUUUGGAGCGAUAUAUGAUGCAGAUGUGACUGUGAAGAUAUUGUUACUUCAUGUCAAUAAAAGAUGUAGAUUACCAAUUUAACUAUUUCAUUAUAUUGUUAUCACGAUAAAUGUUAUCAUUGACAACAAAAAGCGAGCCGCAGGUUUAGAACAGUAAGAAAAUAAAACAGCUUUCCAAUUGACUGAAUGUAAAAAAGAAGUAAUACGCUCAGCUCGUGACGAAAAAACUUGUUCGGUAAGUUCGAAAACCAUCUUGUCAAUAGACUUCCAAUGGAUUUUUUUUAAUCUAAGAAUUUUUAAUGUAAAAAUUAAGAGAAUACAUACUUUAUUUAGCUACUUUAAUUAGUCAUUUCUUAUUUAACCGUUGUUAAAAAAACUCCAGUUGCUUAAUUUUCCUGUCUGAUUGUUCGAUAUAUUUUUCCUCACUUAUUGUAUAAAUUGUUAAAUUUCACUCACAUAUGUACUCCUCUUCUCUCGUCCUGACUAAAAUGUUUCCAAAAAUUUCGUCAGCCGAGAAACACAGCUGCCCUUAAGCAAAAUCUAAACACAAAGUAAAAUGAACAGUCGAUGCAUUCUAAUUUUUCACUUAAGUAAGUACCCAUGUAGUAAGAGCAGGGUAAUCCCUUACCACAUGGCCAAUCGCCACUUCCAAUAUUGCAAGGUGUCUUAAUUUGGGAUACCGAUCCAAUUUCCCCUUGAUGCGAACAAUAUACUGAUAUUUCCACCUGCGUGUCUUACCCUCAUUUUUGUGUCCGGACUGUGGCUUUAUCUUAAGUAAUUGCUGUUCUUGUAGUGGCAUAAAAAUGUGCUGUUUGGGUGACCUUAAAAUAAUGCAAUAUUUUAACAAAUUGAUACAAAAACUACACGCUGAAAGCUAACGGGACUUAUUGAACGGCACUUAUGACUAGACAGAUGAAGUAAAAACAUCGUCUCAAAACGAACCGUUUUCCCAAAACAUUACAUAUUUCACGAGUCAAAUUCUUUGCGCUAUUUGCAUUCUGUGUAUGCAUAAUUUAGACAAGGCGACUCCCUAUCGUGCGACUUCUUCAAACUGCUGCUGGAGAAAAUUAUUCGAGCUGCAGAACUUAAUCGAGCACGUACAAUCUUUUAUAAGAAAUAUCCCCUGUCAUCAAACAAAUAGUCGUCGCACUCGCGACUUGGCCCUCACGUCACUGUUGACAGUCAUAACUUUGAAGUUGUAGAUAAUUUCGUCUAUUUAGGAACCAGCAUUAACACCACCAACAAUGUCAGCCUGGAAAUCCGGUGCUACUUCGGAUUGAGUAGGCAAUUGAAAAGUAAAGUCCUCUCUCGACGAACAAAAGCCAAACUUUAUAAGUCGCUCAUAAUUCCCGUCCUGCUAUAUGGCGCAGAGGCUUGGACGAUGACAACAACCGAUGAGUCGACGUUACGAGUUUUCGAGAGAAAGGUUCUGCGAAAGAUUUAUGGUCCUUUGCGCAUUGGCCACGGCGAAUAUCGCAUUCGAUGGAAUGAUGAGCUGUACGAGAUACACGACGACAUUGACAUAGUUCAAGGAAUUAAAAGACAGCGGCUACGCUGGCUAGGUCAUGUUGUCCGAAUGGAUGGAAACACUCCAGCUCUGAAAGUAUUCGACGCAGUACCCGCCGGGGGAAGCAGAGGAAGAGGAAGACCUCCACUCCGGUGGAAGGACCAAGUGGAGAAGGACCUGGCUUCGCUUGGAAGGAAUAUCCAAUUGGCGCCACGUAGCGAAGAGAAGAAACGACUGGCGCGCUGCUGUUGACUCGGUUAUAAUCGCGUAAGCGGUGUCUACGCCAGUAAAGAAGAAGAAAAAGUUCGACAUGUAUUUACGCGAUAGAAGUCCACUGCCUCUUAAUUAUAAUCCCUUGCUUAUUAUGAAACACGACACAAAAGAGGCAUAUCAAGACCAGUUGCUGCGCGCCACUAACUUAGUAAUAAGUUCCAUGAGAUUUUGGCGUUCAUUACAAGCAGACCUGUUAGAGCCUGAGAUUUAUCAUCUGAAUGCUAAGAAAAGCGAUACACAGAGAUUUAAGAAUAUUAUGUGUCUUGUUCCUGAAAGAAUAGCCACAUAUGCGGCUUAUGCUUUCAAAGCUUUCCCUUUGGAUAUGAGCCAGUACAAACGACUCUUUGGAGUAUCCAGAAUACCAGGAAAAGAGAAAGAUUCGUUAGUGCAAAAUGAAAACUCAAACCAUAUAUUAGUCAUUCGUGGUGGCAAUAUAUAUUCGGUAGAUGUGUUGGACAAAGAAGGAAAUAUAGAAAGACCAGAAGUAAUUUUCGGGCGUUUACAUGCGGUUAUAAAUAAGGCUGAAACUAACGGUAGUUCCACCGUACCCAUUGGAACUUUGACUACUAUUAAUCGAGACGAAUGGGCUAGUUUGCGCCAGUAUUUAACCGAUAAUAUAGGAGGGGAAAAUAAGCGACUUCUUGAAACAGAAAUUGAUGCUGCUUUAUUUUGCCUUUGUUUAGAUUCACCUAAUUCCCCAAAAUACAGUGAAGAAAAUUUUGUACCAUUGCUCAAGGACUUGUUAGCGGGUGACGGCACAAAUCGUUGGUUCGAUAAAUCUGUAUCAUUAAUAGUAACUGUAGAUGGUACGGCAGCUGUAAAUUUCGAACACUCGUGGGGCGACGGAAUCGCCGUACUAAGAUAUUUUAAUGAAAUAUACCAAGAAACUAUAAAUAAUCCUUUUGCAAAGCCUGGUAUAAUAGUUAAUCAUACGGAAAAUAUAAAGUGCGUAAGAUCGAUCAAACUAAAAACAGACGCAUAUGUAGAAAAUGCAAUAAAAAAAACUAUAUUGAAAAACAAGCAUAUGAUGCAGCAACUGAAUGUAAAUACACUGAAAUAUCCGGAAUUGAAUAAAGAUAUAUGCAAAUCACUUGGUUUGAGCCCUGAUGCAAUAAUGCAACUUUCAUUUCAACUCGCAUAUAAAAGAGCUUUUAAUGAUUAUGUUGGAACUUAUGAAUCGUGUAGUACGGCUGCAUUUCGACACGGCCGCACCGAAACCGUACGUCCAUGCACCAUGGCGACAAAACACGUGUGUGAUAACUUGGGGCGAAGUCUUGCAAAGCAGCCACAUUUAAGUGAGUUAUAUGCCUUAAUCAAACAGAGUUCCUUUGUGCAUAAUGAGCUAACGAAACAGGCUGCAAUGGGACAAGGUUUCGACAGGCAUUUGUUUGCUUUAAGACAUCAAGCUAAACUCCAUGGAAAAGAAUUGCCUGCUAUAUAUGAAAGUGAGGCGUAUGCUAAAAUCAACCACAAUAUCAUCAGCACUUCAACCUUAUCCUCCAACGCUUUGUUGGUUGGCUCUUUUGGUCCAGUGGUAAGAGAUGGUUUGGGAAUAGCAUAUUCAAUACAAAAUGAUUACUGUGGUGCAAUAGUUUCUUCCUAUGAAAAUGAGCGCAACGGAAAAGAAUUUGUAGAUAGCUUACAAACAGCAUUUCGUGAUAUAUCCACAGUGUUAAAACAUCUAGUGAAAUAAGCUUUAUAAAAAUAUUAAACAGUAUAUAUAUUUUUAUAUAGAAAACUUCUAUUUUAGCGAUUUUUGAAUAAAAAUAUAUAAAGCUUGAUUA